AUGUCGGGCGUUCUCAGCGGUCUCUACUCAGCAUUCGUCAAGCGGAACUCGAUCUUCCUGGCCACAAUCUUCACCGGCGCCUUUGCAACUGAAAUCGCAUUUGACACCGUCUCGAACAAGGUCUGGGAUCAAAUAAACAAGGGCCGACAAUGGAAGGACAUCAAGUACCGGUACAUGCAGGCCGGCGAUGAUGAGGACGAAGACGAGUAG